CACGUUCUGUGCGAGCUGUAUGAAUUAAAAAUGAGCCUAACAAUUUCAAAAAAACGCAAGUUCGUUGCCGAUGGCAUGUUUAAGGCAGAAUUGAAUGAGUUCUUAACUCGUGAACUCGCCGAGGAUGGUUAUUCCGGUGUGGAAGUGCGCGUCACCCCAGCCCGUACUGAAAUCAUCAUCAUGGCCACUAAGACUCAACAGGUUUUGGGUGAAAAGGGUCGUCGAAUACGUGAAUUGACCGCAAUGGUUCAAAAACGUUUCAACUUUGAACCAGGCCGUAUAGAAUUGUAUGCUGAAAAAGUAGCCACACGCGGUUUAUGUGCUAUUGCGCAAGCUGAAUCCUUACGUUAUAAGCUAACUGGUGGUCUGGCGGUGCGUCGCGCUUGUUACGGUGUAUUGCGGUUUAUCAUGGAGUCUGGAGCUAAAGGUUGCGAAGUGGUUGUGUCAGGGAAAUUGCGCGGUCAACGUGCUAAAAGCAUGAAAUUCGUAGACGGUCUGAUGAUCCACUCUGGCGAUCCGUGCAAUGAUUAUGUUGAAACUGCCACACGUCACGUUUUGUUGCGCCAAGGUGUUUUGGGUAUUAAAGUGAAAAUCAUGUUGCCUUACGAUCCUAAAAAUAAAAUUGGUCCUAAGAAGCCUUUGCCUGAUAAUGUGUCUGUGGUGGAACCAAAGGAAGAGAAGAUCUACGAGACGCCUGAAACAGAAUAUAAAAUUCCUCCAGCGCUAAAUGUAUAUAAUGAUGUUUCAGAAGUAUAAGUGCAUUUUUUUACCAAUUAAAAAAAAAAUUCUAUACGUUAUGGGAAUAAAGUUCAUAAAGAGAAUAUCCUACGUAAGGAACACAAAUUAGAAGUGAAAA